UGCAAUUUUCUUCAUCGAAGAUGGGAAAAAGGUUCCUGCUGCUUGACAACGAAAUCAUGGCAAACAAAUAAUAUGUGGACUUAUGUGCAUCCUUUUCUCCCUACUUGUGCGAGUCCUUUUAAGAUUCCACAAGCAGGCGGACGGUGCGCUGAUGGAUGGUCGGCCUGCUUGUGGUUGGUACUAGAAGCUACAGAGUUGGCACUGCAUUGGCACAACUUCAACUACAACCACAAGUCAGUGGCUUUGAGUUUAGCUCUUCCAAAAGCAAUCUUAGAGAAGCUUAGAAAUGACCCUCAAACCAUUAGCUUAGCUUCCACAGAUUAUGGCCGGAUUGUUCAAGAGAACCCUUAUGGCGUUUUCUUUCCGGUUACCGGUCACGACAUCGCCGGGCUGAUCCGGUUCAUGUAUGCGAGCCCCGUACCGUGGGAUAUUGCUGCCCGGGGUCAAGGUCAUUGUGUCCGAGGGCAAGCCUUGGUGGAGAACGGAGUCGUCGUAAACAUGACGUCGCUUGGUGUUUUCCGACAAAAGACAAGUCGAAUUGUGGUGUCGACAACGUCACAGUUGGGUCCAUAUGCUGACGUCGGUGCUGAGCAACUUUGGAUCGAUGUAUUACAUGCAACAAUGCAGAAAGGGUUUAGUCCCGUAUCAUGGACGGAUUAUUUGCAUAUCACCGUCGGUGGGACAUUGUCUAAUGCUGGAAUUAGCGGUCAGACGUUUCGGUUUGGUCCUCAAAUUAGCAAUGUUCACGAACUCGACGUCGUAACUGGAAAAGGAGAAUUGUUAACUUGCUCCCCCACCAACAAUCCCGAACUCUUUUACUCCGUCCUUGGCGGUUUGGGUCAGUUCGGCAUAAUAACCCGAGCUAGAAUCGCUCUUGCUCCAACUCCCACAAGGGUUAAAUGGGUUAGGAUGCUCUACACCAACUUCUCUUCAUUUACAAGUGAUCAAGAAUUCUUGACAUCGAAAUCCAACGGUCCAGAUUACGUCGAAGGUUUGCUUAUGCUACAAUUUAACACACCUGAUAAUUCCUCAUUCUACCCUCUCGCCGACCAGCCCAAAAUAUCCUCCCUUGUCUCCCAAUACGGCAUCGUUUACGUCCUUGAAAUUGUCAAAUAUUAUGAUCAACAAUCUUCUUCUUCCAUUGACCAGGAAGUCGAGAAAUUGUUGAGAGGGUUGAGCUUUGAAGCGGGGAUGAAGUUUAUUAAAGACGCUUCUUAUGAAGAAUUUCUAGACCGAGUUCAUACCGACGAGGUAGCUUUAACAGCUUUAGGGUUGUGGGAUGUUCCUCAUCCAUGGAUGAAUCUUUUCGUUCCGAAGUCGAGAAUUGCCGAUUUUGAUUCGGGUGUUUUUAGAGGCAUUAUUCAAAAGCGUAAUCUCACUUCUGGCGUUUUCCUCUUCUACCCCAUGUUUAAAAGCAAGUGGGACGAUCGAACCUCUGCCGUGAUACCCGACGAGGACGUGUUCUACGCAGCGGCGAUCCUAUUUUCGAGUGGAUUCAAAGAUUGGGAAACGUUUGAUGCUCAUAAUAGAGACAUUUUAAAGUUCUGUGAAGAAGCUGGAAUUGGAGUGAAACAAUAUCUUCCCCAUUUUGAAACUCAAAAAGAUUGGAUUAAUCAUUUUGGCCGGAAAUGGAGUGUUUUCCGGCAAAGGAAGGCCCUGUUUGACCCUAAAAAAUUGCUCUCUCCUGGACAAAAAAUUUUCAAUUAA